AUGGCUGAAACAACAAUUAUUACGACACAUGUUCGUUCAGAUUCUGAUGAUUUUGAUAUACGUCGAGAAUUUUGUGGUUUUCAAGAUACACGUCUGAAUGACCUAAGGCAAUUUACUUCUUGCAUCAUUGAUUUACAAACACAUGGUACAAAAGAUCCCUUUGAAAAAGUUACUUGGGUCGUUUCACAUUUUGAUGAAACAGUACGAGCUUUUGUUAUUAAACGUAUUCAAGCAUGGGCUCAAACCACGCAAUUAGCUGCUCAUAUGCAUGCCGAAGAUAUCGUCUUUCAUCAACGCAUGUCAUCAGAUUCAUCAUCAUCUUCAAUUGAUGGUAAAAUACAACAGCUUGGAAAUUCAGUCAAAUCCUCGCCAUCACCAGCAAAACAUUCUCAUCCAUCAAUGUUUCAUAAGAAUGCUAAAACACCAUCGUAUAUUCAUCAUCAUAAUAGUGUACGACAUGCUGCUCUUGUUCCGCAAACCGAUGUUCAAUCUCGGCAUCAUCCACGUCGACGUCGAAAUUCAUCAUCAAGUAGUGCAGGCAUACGUCGGCCAGCGUUAUUUGGUAAACCAAGUGACUUUUUUUUCUCACGAGCAAAUGAAUAUCCACAAAUUUGUCAUUCUCCAUUGUCAACACCAAUUACAAAAAUCAAGAUUAAUGAAACAAUGAAAUUAUUAAAUGAAGAUGGUCUUACGCUAUUGAAACAAUCGAAUUCGGGAAUCGAAAAAGAAUAUUCAAUUGAUAUGAAUAAAAUUCAAAAUAAAGAAAAUAAUCCAGAGAGCGACAAAGGCGAUGAUAUUGAUUAUGAAGAAGAAGCUAAAUGGGAAAAUCUUCUUUCGGAUUUAAGUGAUUUUGAAGGUGAGGCUCAUCCAUUAAUGGCUGAUAUUAUACUUGUAUCUCAAUUACGUGAUUGCCUUGCUAAUUCUAAUAUUUCACCAACAGAUGAUAUUGAAUAUAUCCAAUCGCUUAUAGCUACACCAUUAUCCAUUACUUGUAAUGAACAAUUAAAAACCAUGAACAGUAAAUAUGUAUGGUUUUAUCGACUUACACUUAAUUCAAAAAUCAUCUUAUCCAAUGGUAUACAUAAAUCCAGACGAGAAGCACAAAAGUUAGCCUAUAAAAAAAUGGUUGAAUUAAUGACAAAUAAACAAGGCGUUGAAGCAAAAAUCAUCGCUAAUGGCCGAUGUAAAGUAGUAGUUCGAAAAUCUAUUCCAUCGAAACCAUUGAACGAAACAACAAUUAUCGAUCCAUUCAUGAAUAGCACUACAGAAGUUUAUUAA